AUGACUAGACAUACCUUACUUGACAUGGACUUUACAAAUAUGUGUGACCCCACCCCUGUGUUGUGUCCAUCUGAUAACCAGCAAUAUGAAGCCAAUGCCUGUGCCCCAAACGAUAGCCCCGGAUCAUCAAACCCUCCACGUACUGUUUCGUCUAAAGAGGCGCCAUCUAGUAACUUAGAAGCGACUAUACUGCAUCAGUUAUCAACAGUAGUGGAACAAUUGGAACUUCAAAGAAAGAGAAUUGACGAAAUUGCAGCUACAAAAACAUCGCCCGAUUCUGUGAAUAAUAUGUCUAAUAGUGAACAAGUAGUGAAUACAAAUGGGGCAGGGUACGUGGUAGGCAGAAUCAGUGGUGACUUUGCUGCAAAAUUAUGUGAAAACUUGUCUAAAACUAGAUCAAAGGAUGCCUUUUGUGAUGCUCUUUGUGACGAUCGAGAUAUGGUGUGGCAGAUUCAGAGAACCAGACCAACAAAUGUUGAGGAUGCUGUAAGGUUAGCCGUAGAGUUAGAGGCACACCGUUCCGCCUGUGACACUCAGCCAGGGAAAAUCCGAAGUGUAGAUACACCACCUGAGUUAGUUGAGCUACAAAAUAUGAAGAAGAAAAUCAGUGAUAUGAACGCGUCAAUAGAGAAGUUCAAAAGUGACCAACGAAAAAUGAGUGUGGUAAAUACAAAACAACCUGAGCAUAAAAACCAAUCUCCAGGUAAUACCAAUAAUUAUAACACCAGUAGAGGGGCGACAAAUGGAAAUGGAAGUGCCAGUUUUAGAAAUCAGCGCUAUGACCAUAACAACAGGUGGCACCAUGCUCGUUCGGGUCAUGGUAGUCGUGCAAAUAAAAGAGCCUUUGGCACCCCCAAUGAAACUGGUCUUCACAUAAAGAGUAUCAUACAAUCAGUGAAUGUAAAUGCCCUUAUUGAUACUGGGGCUACAAUAAGUUUCUUAUCAAAGAAGUCCUUCGAUUCUAUUCCACGAAAUAAUCGACCAGAACUAAAAUAUGUGGCUGCUAGAUAUAGUACAGCGAACGGUGGGCUUAUGGCGAUUUAUGGCAAAGCUGAUUUUUUAAUUGAAAUCUAUGGUCAUAACUAUCCCCAUACAUUGGUUGUAGCUGACAUUGGCUCUCAGUGCAUUCUUGGACUGGAUUUUAUGAAUGCCAAUGAAGUCACCAUCAAUCUAAAAAGAAAGACGAUAACGUUGAAUGGUAAUACAUACGAAACUCAUCUAGAAGAACCUGGUAUAUGUCGUGUGUCUCUGUGUGAAAAUACAUGUGUUCCAUCUGGACAUGAGGUGGUUGUUAAUGGAUAUAUCCCUUUGGAAUGUGUCAAAUGA